ACAUUAAAAGAAAAAAGAAAAAAGAAAAAACGCAAUAAACCGAAGAUAACCGCUACAACAAUCAAACUCGGCGUCUGUUUCCGGGAAGAGAGGUUUUGGAAUAAGAAGAGAAGAGAAGAGUGAAGUGGUGUUUGGAACUGAAAAUUUGAACUCUCUCUUUAACGAAACAAAAGCACUUUCCACGUGCUUCGAUGGCUUCCGUUCCCGGAUCUCGAUCCGGCGGCAAAAUCGUCCGAACGCGCCGGAGCGCCGCCGCGAGGAGCCACACCCCCUACGACCGACCCGCUCCUCCGCCGGAGCCUCCGAGCCCUAAUUGGCUCUCGCGUUUCGUUAUCUCUCCCUCGCGUUUCAUUGCUUCUGGCGCCGGAAAAAUCUUCUCCUCUGUUUUGGAUCUCGACAAUUCUCCUUCUGAUUCUUCCUCUGCUACUUGUUCUCUCUCCUCUUCGGCUAACGAUUCCGAUGCUGAGGAAGUUGGUACUUUCGAUGAUGAAAAUGAUAACCCUUCUGAAGGUGAUGUGGCGUUGAGCAAGGGGCUCCAGCCUUUUGUCAGGAAUAGCAAAAACAAGCAUAUGAUUGAGCAACUACUUAUGAAGGAGUCAUUCUCAAGGGAAGAAUGUGACCGGUUAAUAAAAAUAAUAAGAUCAAGAGUGGUAGAUCCUGCAAAUGAUGAUGAUGGGGAUAAGAGGCCAACGGAUAUGUCCAACAAGAUUCUUGGAAGUGAUACAGAUUCACCUGAGCUCCAUGAUGUUGCCAUUAUGGAGGCAAAGAAAUGGCUGCAGGAAAAGAAGUCAGCAUUAGAUACAAAUACAGAUAUAGGUUAUGGAAGUCUUAGUUUGAACUUGGUUGCAUUACCACAAGAUCCCAAAGAUGAAGGAUCACCAGUGGAUGUGGCCAAGUCGUAUAUGUGCACACGCCCUCCAUGGGCAUCACCUUCUAUAGACCAUACUAAACCUCAAACACCAUCUGGAAUUCAGCUAUUCAAAGAAGAAACACCAUAUCUAUUUGGCAACAAUUCUAUGCCAUCCUCCAAGUUGAAAAGGGAUUCUGCUGCUACUGGUUCAUGGAGUAUUCAGGAUGAAAUACGAAGAGUAAGAUCCAGGGCAACAGAGGAAUUGCUUAGAUCACUUCCAUCCUCAAAAAUUGACUGGUCUGCAUUUGCCAUGGAGAAUAAAAAUAAUGUAAACUCUUCAGCUAUUGAAAAUAUUGGAGCUAGUUUGGGAGAGAGAGUACAUAAUUCAACAAAUUUAGUUGAUGCAUCUGUGAACUUGGCCAGAGGCUUAGGUUCUCAGGUCUCUCCAGAUUUGGAGAGUAAACUGGAUGAAUUCCAACCUGAGUCUGUGCUGUCUAAUCCAGUUAACACUAAUUUUGAACAGAAUCAGGGCUCUGUUGCUGUUCAGCAGACCAGAGGUACAGAAGAUGGCAGCAGAGAAAUAACUACUUCAGGACUAAGAGAUGGGUCCUCGGAUGAUAUGCACAGGGAUGGCAGUCUGGUUAAAGUCAAUGGCAUCAGUGACACAAAUGGGUCUGGUCAUCAGCUAGACUCAGUUGAAGAAACUAGAGAUGCUAUAAAUUCUAGAUUACAAGAUAGUAACCACUUAGUAAUCAAAGAGAAGGUUGGAGCCGAAGAUGCAUUGGCAAAUGGGUUUCCCUCUUCAGGGCCAAGUUUCAAUGCAGGGCAGGUUAUUGAACAGAACACAAAAACAUUGGACAACAAACCCAAUACAACCGAUUCAAGUCAGGAAAGGACAGCACAAGGUGUUCUUGAGCAAGAGGAGUGUCAGACGUUGCGUGAAUCAACGGAGGUGCCUGAUGUGAUUGGGGAUGACUCUGUUGCUGACCGUGUUGCCUCUGGUUCACAGAACAGUUCCAGUAUGUAUGAGGUUCAACAUGAUACUUCUCAGCCGGGUGUAGAAUUAGGUUUGCCAGCCACACCAACUAGCAUUGCUAAGCAAAAGGGAAGAAGAAUUACAACCAGAUACAACAGAAGGGGCAGGAGCAAGGGUGUCAAAUGAUGCCUGUUGUAUUAUGUAUGUUAAAUUGUAAGUCACUGUUAGCUUAGAAAGUAGGGAUUCUGCCAGGUCAUUUGUUGUGAGAUUAAUAAUAUUCACGAAUGAGUCUACGUCAACUUAGGUUUAUUUUUUCUUUCAUCUGUUCUUUCUUCUUUUUUGGGCGAUUACGUUCAGGGAAAUCAGGUUCAGGUUCAGGAAUUGGAAUGUAUUUGCUGUAUAAAAUGGUUAAAUUAGCGACAUGUUCUUUUUUUCUUUUUUAGCUGGUUAACUAGCUUACACGGAUUUAUGGGACAUGUACGAACUUGUGCAGCCUGAAUGAGGCUCCUCCAGGAAUCAUAACAUUUUGUAACAUUCCAGUACUCGAAUUAGUUUGAGUUUGAUGACUUGAAAGGUUUUUUGUAUG